GCGGGGCACUGUGGGACACGGUGCGGCCUACGUGAGGCGGAACGGAAGCCUCGGAGGGUCAGACAGCAGCGGCGCGGGAAGUCCGGACGCUGGAGGUACCUGGGGAGGAGGCCCUAGGCUCAGACUCAGGCCUCGACCGCGGCCAUGGCAGAGAGGCCCGAGGACUUAAACCUGCCCAACGCCGUCAUCACCAGGAUCAUCAAGGAGGCGCUCCCGGAAGGUGUCAACAUCUCCAAGGAGGCCCGGAGCGCCAUCUCCCGCGCCGCCAGCGUCUUCGUGCUGUACGCCACAUCGUGUGCCAACAACUUCGCGAUGAAAGGGAAACGCAAGACCCUGAAUGCCAGCGACGUGCUGUCCGCCAUGGAGGAGAUGGAGUUCCAGAGGUUCGUCGCCCCGCUGAAGGAGGCCCUGGAAGCCUAUAGGCGGGAGCAGAGGGGCAAGAAGGAAGCUUCGGAACAGAAGAAGAAAGACAAAGACAAAAAGGCGGAUUCGGAAGAGCCGGACAAGAGCAGGGACGAGGACAACGACGAAGAUGAGGAGAGGCUGGAGGAAGAAGAGCAGAACGAAGAGGAGGAGAUUGACAACUGAGUGCUGCGGGAGUCUGGACCUCAGGAGGCAGGCGGGCGGCGCUGCUUUGCCCUGGGGCUGGAGUGCAAGAGCAGAUGCAGGCCGCCAGCCGAACCGGCGCUCCCGACGCCGCGCAGCCGCCUGGCACAGCCCUGUGCCGCUUCCUUGAGCGGGCGGUCGUCACUGAACAGCUCGCUCCGUUAGUCAGUGUGAUCUCUCGUGUUGACUUACAUGUAUGGCUGGGUAGGUUUUGACCCCCAGUCCUCCUACCCCUGAAGAGAGUCGUAAUUCCCCUGCUGCCUGCUGUGUUCCAAGUCUCAGAGGCCAUGAGGCUCCAGAAAGCUGGGCUUCCUUGCACACGAUGUGGCCGUGGAAACCCGUGAAGUGGUCAGGCGGUUGGCUUUAGGACACUGCUAAGAGAACUGGAGGAUUAAAGAAAUCUGUUCUGUUGUCUCUCCCCUUGGCAGGAACAUCCGUGGGAGUGGAUUCUGUUAGACCCGCUCACCCUGGAGCUCAUCUGUGUGCCUUAGGCAGCCUGCCUGGGGCGGGCCGGGCCGGGCGCCGCGCUCUGAGCUCACGCGCUCCGGAUUGAACAGUGGAGACCACAGGCAGGCAGGCAGGGACGCCGGGGUCUUACGGAGCAGGCGCCUCACUGCCUUCGCCAUGUGCACUUGAGAACCUGCUGGAGGCCAAGCCCGCCUCCCGGGCUGGGGCCUGAGCGUCCUCCUUCAGUUCACGGAGAGUUCCAGACCUUCUCCCCUCUAGGCACAGCUCUCCCUCCGCUCCUGUGGCUCUUCUCAUUUCCACUUUCUCUCUCAGUCCUGCCAGUCUGGGAACUUUGACAGUCUGCUUAGUAUUCCAAAGUGCAAGUCCUUCUGCUUUCUUAGUUCUAAUCUCUCGGCUUUUAAAAAGAAUGUCAUACAAACCCUUUAGGGCAGUCAGAUGGCGCUCAGGAAUGUAAUGGCUGGCCCACCAGCCGUGCCCCCGAGCUGCUUCUAAAGCACCCCUGUUGGCCUCUCUGAGCCUUUCUCUCUUUUGGGUCAGUGCUACAAGCACUGUUCUGUUUGCAGGUUGAGCGCUUGGGUUUGACAGGUAGGGAAGUGUAGUCUGACACUGUCAACUUGUUAAAUGAACACAGGGAGGCGUUCAAUGAGUGAUGGCUGUUGAGAAGAUUGUAAUGCUUUGUACGAAUAAAGAACGUUCUUGUUAGAAGAGAUGA